CAAGUUCUUUAAUUUCUUUACAAGCAAAUGUGACAACUGCAAAGACAGUUGUGAAAACAAGCUAACUGUACCUUAGCCUGGGCAGGGCUAAGGUCUCUUUGGGGAUGGAGGAGUGACCUAAUUGACUAUUGCUACUGAGCCUGAGUUUUGGGCUGCGUCAGGGACGUUGGGGCAAUUAUACCGGGUCAAACCUUAAAGUCAACAACAACACAUUGCCUCCGCCUUUCUGGGAGGGAGCUGUCCCAGCUGACCCUUGAGAUCCAUAGGCUUCUGGGACCUGGAGGCAGCGCAUCCUGGGGUGUUCAGCCUCUGAGAGUGGCCAUUGGUUCAACUCCACAGACUGAUGAGACCUUUAGCCACUCAGAGGCGGCAGCGUGCAGGGCGUGCGGAAGCGGAAGUAAGGUUUCCGUGGAGACAGCAGAGCCUGCGGAAGGCGGCGGCGGCGGCGGCACCUGCGAGUGGAAGCUGGGGCAGGGCAUGGUCGCGCCCGCAGCGCUGUGAGAGCGGAGCGGCCGCUCGGUCCGCCAUGCGCCGGCGGCGCUGACAUGGGCGCCAGCGGCUCCAAAGCUCGGGGCCUCUGGCCCUUUGCCUCCACUACGGGGGGCGGCGGCCCAGAGGCGGCAGGCGCUGAGCAAUCUUUGGUGCGGUCUCGAGCCCGAGCAGUGCCUCCCUUCGUAUUCACGCGCCGCGGCUCCAUGUUCUAUGAUGAAGAUGGGGACCUGGCUCACGAAUUCUACGAGGAGACAAUCGUCACCAAGAAUGGGCAGAAGCGAGCCAAGCUGAGGCGGGUACACAAGAAUCUGAUUCCUCAGGGCAUCGUGAAGCUGGAUCCCCCCCGAAUCCACGUGGAUUUCCCCGUGAUCCUCUAUGAAGUAUGAGCCUGUGGCAUGGCAGACACAAGCACCCACUGCCCCAGCAAGAAACUCCCAGGAUCCAGGUGUAGCUUCCAUUCAGGAGUCCAGGCUGGCGCCACAGCCCUGAAUAAACUAAACUCCGUUGGCCCAGAACCUUCAGUUGUAAGAGGGGUAGUCCCUCAGUGUUAACUGGUAUUGGUUUAUGUCUGAACAAUAAGUGGUUGGUGGCUGGUGAGAGCUAAUGACAGAAUUACCAGCCUGUCUCCCCCAGCCACUUCUACAAGAAGCAUGGCAGGACACAUGCCGGUCAGGAAUGCCUGGUUCCUAGUUACUUGUCUGACCUGCUUUCUUCCAAGCUUGGCUAGGGCCCAGCCCUCCUAGAAGCUACAGCACUUUACAAGCAGAGUCUGCCUUCUUCCGGCCCCUGGCCUGUAGGGGCUCUACCCAAGUGGGAACUUCCUUUCCCUCAUUCCCUUACCUGUAGUCAGAGCAUUUCAGCCGUUUGCUACCUCGAUUCCUCCUGUAUUGGACAGACUGGAGACAUGUACCAGCCUCCUCCUUCCUGCCUACCUGCCACGUGCUCCCACUCUAAGACGGACACUUUGCUGGCUGUUAACAGAGAAUGGGGACCAGUGUGGGAGGCUUCUCCUUUCACCCAGCCAGGGCUGGACUGAUCUCUCUUGAUUUCAACCAGUCACCCUCAAGUCGAGAGGGUACAGGCUACAGACGCCUGUAGCUGUGGGGUCUUGCCCCACCCCACCACCGCAUUCUGUCGUCUCCCUUGCCUAUGCACCAGUCCUACAAAUCUCCAGUGGUGGGGGAGAGGCGGUCCACCACCCAGUGGCAAGACACAACAACUGGGGCUGGUGCCAGUAGCUAUGAGGAGCCCAUCACCCCUUCUACAGCAUCUUACUCCUUCAGGGUCUGUUAAGGAAAAGUACCAGAGCUCCUUGGUAAGGAUAGGAAGGAAGGGGAAAUACAGAACAGGUGUAAUUAAAAUGUGAAGGUUUGUAAAUAGUCUAGACUAUGAUAAUGUUGGGGCAGAGUCUGAUUUCUAUACAGAGAUGGCUUUUAAAAAAAAAAACUUAUUUGUGGAAGCUCUGUGCUUCUAGAGUGUGGGAAAUGGCUUGGGGAGAGUAAACCCCAGCAUAGGAAGACUGUUGUGUUCUUUGUUCAAUUUCAAUAAAAAUUAUUUGUAGACCCUGC